AUGGUAAACAUCGCAUCUCUUUCUCUCUCUUUUCUCUUCUUCUUCCUCAAAACAAAACCAAGCAUCGUAUCUCUUUCUCGCCCCUUUCUCUUCUUCUUCUUCCACAUAACAAAACCCAAUAUUCAUAAUUACAACAAACGCGCCAUCAACAAGUUCCACGCAAACACACGCUUCAAUGCAUGCAUAUAUAUAAGACCACGAACCUGUCCUCUUUGUCAUUCAAUCUUCUUUGUUAUGGAGACAAAAGCACGCAAUUUAGAAAUCACUGUCAUCUCUGGCGAGGGUCUCCGUAUCAAACAGAGACGCGUGAAGCAGAAUGCUUUCGUGAUCCUUCGGACCGAUUCACAUAAUGUUCGAACAACGAACAGUGAUGCUGAAGGUGGAAGCUACCCUGCAUGGCAUGAGAAACUAGUCGUUGAUAUGCCCAUGCAUGCACGUUACGUUACCGUUGAAGUGCAUUGCAAGACGUGUUCAGGAAAUAAGAUCGUCGGAAUGGCGAGAAUUCCAGCUUCGGACUUCCUCGGAGGAUAUGUACCGGCGAACUACUUGCAUUUUUUGAGUUAUCGGUUGAGGGAUGUGAAGGGUGAGAGGAAUGGGAUUAUUAAUCUUUCUGUACGAGUGAAAUCGCCGGCAAAUGGUGGGUGUGGUGGUGGUAGUAGUAGUGGUGGACGGCCAUUGUUCGGAGCUCCGAUAGGCCAAAAGGUUUCUAAUUCUAAUGGGAUUGCGGUGGGCGUUCCAGUUUGGUAUCAAUACCAAGUUUAA